AUGAUUGAACGGCAUUUUUUCCGCGAUCGUUUAUUGAAAAGUUUUGAUUUCGAAUUCGGUUUUUGCAUUCCAAACAGCAAAAAUACGUGCGAACACAUUUACGAUUUCCCGAAACUUUCAGAAUCUCUAAUAAAUGAGAUGAUUUCAAGUCCGUAUGAAACACGUUCCGACAGUUUUUAUUUUGUCGAGGAUCGACUGAUCAUGCAUAACAAAGCAGAUUACGCGUAUAACGGAGGCGAUUAA